UCAUUUUAUCGGGGAACAGGCGAGUAGAAACUCGACAAUCUAGCAGGUGCUAGAGUAGUUAGGUCAUCAAGUCGUGAUACAUGGAUUAUUUUAUUCUUUCAGAACCAGACAUGUUUUAGAAAGUUUCGUUGAAAAUUAUGUAAUCAAGAGUCAAUAUCUGUUUAAAAAAAUGUGAUAGAAAAUUAUGUGAUACAGAAUGUGAUAGAAAAUUAUGUGAUACAGAAUGUGAUAGAAAAUUAUGUGAUACAGAAUGUGAUACAAGCGUGUUCUUUGUUCUAAACAGAUACUGGGUUCUAAGUGUCUGACCUUCAAACAGGCACCAGAUGUCUCAUCAAAAGCUGACCUUGACCUAGCUCAGUUACCGUCCUACACACGUGACGUCACUGAUCAUGUCACGGAGGAUCUAUUCCGGCACUUACCGGCUCCAGGAGGAGUCCUCUAGCCGUCCGGCUCUGAGCGCCGCAUCCCCCAUCCGGUCUCUCCUGGAGUCCACAACUAGGGCGUCUUUAAGUGCCGGCCCCAUGCUGGGCGUGAGCGGGGCGCUGGAUCCCCCCAGGUGUGGGCGCCCGUCUUCCGAGAGCCUGUACUGCCGGCCGGAGUACGGCACCACGAGCCGGUCGUCUGACGUCAUCUGCAGCCAGUACACGUCGGCGUCCCGACACGACUGGAAGGUCCACCUGCCGGGCCGGCACAUCCUGCAUCACGACGUCGACACGCUGCCGGAAGACGUCGGGAAGAGGGCGACGCUCAAGGACGACACGGACUCUCCCCCCACCACGACAUGCGGCCGGCGGAUCCGGCACCGAUCCAAGCACGUUGACCUCUCGCCUGAAGACCCGGGAUCUAAAUCCGAGGGGGGCGUCAAGUCUGAAGAAAAAACGUCCGGGUGGCGGGCCAAGCUCGGACUUCAUUCAUCGAAAGAUGACGUCAAUAGUGACGUCAGUGUGCGGCGUCAUCAGGAUCCAGCGUCGGAGGUGACGCAAGAAGAUUCGAUACUUAGUACCAGCAAGGAAUCGAGUCGGAUGGGUAAUCGAGAAGACAGCGGUAUCCUCGACUGCGAUAUCUCGCAUAGGUCAUCUGAUACCACACCGGAAGACGAGGAGCCGAGAGGUCAAGGUGAGGAUCCGGCAGGUCAAGGUGAACCACCGAAAGCGCGGGAAAAGCGCAUGUACCAGAAAAACAGCAAAUUGGAUAGUAGUGGCGUCAGGGAAAAGGUGGUCUACAGGAGGAGGCGGUCAUCAGCUGACCACUUGCAAGAGGACUCGGGCGUCCACCUUGAUGAGCCCACAUCACCAGCGACCGACAGGUGGUCUGGUCACGUGAGCAGCCCAGUGAAGAGCCAGUGGACGGACGAGGACCUGGAGGCGUUCGUCAAGCAGCUGUCCAACCCCCAGCACCAGAUGGCAGCUCGCAAAGCCCGCUCGAGCGAGGGUGAUAUCAGACACAUGAAAAAAGACGACGACGAAGAUGACGACGUGGAUGAAGAUGGAACGACGCGAACAACGACAGGCAAGAGGAGUCAUUUUGGUCGCAUCCACAAGACGAAGUCGGCUGACUCCGCGAUGUUGGCGGCUGAUGAACUGGGAGUCAUUAUGCCACAAGCCAAGCCUAAAUCUAGAAACAUAGCCAAAAAGAUUUCCAAAAAAAUGCAAUUUUUGAGGAGGAGACACACGGACUCCACUCUGGGGAUGAUGAAGGGCGAGGAGGGUGCCAGACGACUAGCCAAUGUUGACCCUGAAGAAGCGCAAGAAUGGAGCAAAUCUUUUGAGUCUUUGUUGUUUGACAAAACUGGCCUAGAAUUGUUCCGUGGGUUCUUGAUGUCUGAACACAGUGAUGAAAACAUUGAGUUUUGGAUUGCUUGUGAAAACUACAAAAGUACCAGAUCAUCCAAACAGUUACCCGCCCUUGCCAAUAAAAUAUUUAACGACUAUGUCGCCGUCCAGUCUAAACGAGAGAUAAAUCUGGAUUCAAAAACUCGAAAUUUGACAUUUGAAAGUGUGACAUCCAACCCCAACAGACAAACUUUUGAUGAAGCUCAGCGCAGGGUGCAGGCACUCAUGGAAAAGGAUUCCUAUCGCAGGUUCCUCGAGUCUGAAGUUUAUCAAGACCUCGCAGCUGGAAAUAUUCAGCAUAAAUCUUAACAAAACUUUCAAGAUCAGGGCUUUUUGGAUGUUUUUUUUUUGUGUACAAUUUUCAUUUUUUUAAAAAGCUUUAUUCUUUAUUUAGUUCUAGAUUAAUGUAUUAGCAGUUCUUUUUUACUUUUGAAGUCUGUGUUUUAAUUUAGUUGUAUUUAAAUAUUUUGAUAAAUUUAUCCAUGAAUUCAAAUGAUUUCACUUUGGUUAUUUUAAACAAUUUGUAGUUAAUGUGAUCAUGAUUUGUGUGUUGUAAGUUUAGUUCCUACAAAAUGGUACCACUUUUUUCAUCGUCACUAAAGUUCAAAGAUGAUUUCACAUUUGUUUCCUGUAACCAUUUUGUGCUUAUUCUGUGAGCUGACCUUGUUACCCUUGAGUGGGAUGAUGUUCCAUUGAAUGCCGAAGCUAGCUGCAAGGCACCCUCCAUGAGGUUUGUUGACCUCACCAUAUAGCUUCAAGUGAGAAAUUAAGGGGAGCAGACUGUGCUAUAGCCCUUUCAAGUUGUUAUGUAAGUUAUAAGUUUGCAAACAUUGAACUAAACAAACCCAAGUUAAGUCUGGUGGUCUGUUGAAAACUUGGGAUGACCACUAAUCUAUGCAAAUUUAUGUAUACACUUAGAAGUAAUAUUAACUUAGUUAAAAAGUUGUGAUGGCAAGAAUGCUGCCCCAAUAGUCUCGGCAAUCCGUAUUUCUUGAUUAUUUUUUUUAUGUAACCAAAGAUUUUUUGGUGAAAGCUUUAACAUGAGCCAUGUAACAUUACAGUAACAAUAGAACAUGUAAACAAAAUCAAAAUCUCUUCGUCUGUGAUAACAAAACUGUUAAGGAAAGCUUUGGUUCUAUAGUUUGGUUGAGGAUGCUAGCUUUAGUUUGGGUGCAAGCUUUAGUUUGGGUGCGGGAUGACUGAUGUAGUACCCAUCACAAAGGUGGUGCUAUGAUGUGCUUACGUAAUGUAGACAGAAAAAACCCAGUUGUACCCUUUUAUAUUCCAUUCCUAAAUCACUUGAAUUUUGUAUGUAUAUUUGUGUAAGACUUGAAUUAUGUAUAUUUGUGUCAGAAAAUCUUAAUUUAUGAAUUAUGCCUCGCUUUAUAUCUAAAUUUUACAAAUAUUUUUAAAAAUAUAAUCUCACAGAAAACUUCUCAUUAUAAUUAUAUGCCUAAAAAUUGCAUCAGGAUUUUGAAAUUUUCCAUGCAAUUGUUCUACCUAUUAAUUUUAAAGUAAUGCAAAAAAUUGAUUUACUUUUUUUUUUAUUGAAGCAUAAAAUCUAAAUUCAAUUUAUUACCAAUAUUUCUAAAAAAAAAAAAUGUUAGAAAUUUUUUCAUUAAUAUUCUUUUAUACUUUGUUAACCACUUGAGUCAAUUUCAAAUUUUAAGCCUAGUAAAAACAUGAUUUGACCUGAUUAUGUAAACUUGCAUCUAAAUUUACAUGCCUAAUGUGGGGUAAUAAUAAAAUGCUUGUAAAUAUUGUAAAAAAGAUCAAACUUAUUUUCUAACUACAGAUGUUUUUUGUACAUUGGAUGAUAUCCAUAGUGUUUCCAGAUGUAACUCUGUUAUUAUGCAUAAUAUGUUAGAGAAAUACCAUGCAAGUCUACCUGUGCAAAUCAAAGUUUUGUUUACAUUUUAUCUCCCACAAUGUUUAGUGUCACACUGGGAUUUUAUUUAUUUGGUCAAUGUUUCACUCAUUGCAAAAAUGUCAUCUAUAUUUUGAUAUUAGAUUGUGGUCAUGUGUGAAUCUAUAUUUAGAAAGUUGAUCAUGUGAGACAUGUUUAUUUAUAGCAACCCAAGUCCAUCUCCCAGCAAGUGGUGCACUGUUCUAUCAAAACAUGCAUCUCUCUGUCAUCUAUGUCAAAUAAAAUUCUCAAAUAUCA